UUUAAAUGAAACAGCUGGGUUUCCCACCUUCACCAUGUGCGUAAAUGCGCGCGGGCCCUUUAAGAGAACAGGUGUGUCUUUGACAGGUAACAAUAAACACAGGAGGUAGUCGCGUAAGAAAGCAACAUAGCUUUGUUUCAGUGGGAAAUCAACAUGAGGGAAGAAGGGAAACGCUUUGGAGCGGUUUUUUUCAGCAGACCGGCCUGAUUGACGACAUGAGACAACCUCUGCUCUUCAUUAGUCUGUCCCUGGCAGUCAUCCUCCCUGCUGAUGUUCUGGCCCAGAACCCUGUAUCGAUCCAGUUCCAGCRAGACCCGGUGGUGGUUCAAACUGGUGCUACCAUAGUGUUCACAGUGCAGAAUGUGGUUCCGUCUCAGAUCUUCACUAUAACAUGGACGUACCAAGGAACCAACACUCUGGGUUUUUGGAGCGGAGGAAGUUCAACGAUCAACUCCGUGGCUCAGUUCCAGAACAGAGUCACCAUCACUGUCAACACGCUCCAAAUCGGAAACGCGCAGCUCCAGGAUGCGGGGACGUACACCGUGAGCGUGGUCCCCGUCGCUUCCACAGGCCUGACCCAAAACUCCAGAUCUGUCCAGCUGAGUGUGUUUGACGCAGUAACUGGGGUGACCCUGCUUGCUCCUUCGGCAGYGGAGAACAAAAACGCGUCUUUGAGUUGCACAUGGGCCUCCGGGACGCAGGUCACGGUCCAGUGGAGCAAAGGAGGCGUACCCAUCACCGCCAACUCUAGGAUCACCAUCUCCGGCGGCUCUCUGGUCAUCAGCCCAGCCAGUCGCAGUGAUGCCGGGGACUACAUGUGUAACGCCAGCAACCCUGCCAGCUUUCAGACUGUCACAAGGACCCUCACCAUCUUCUAUGGACCGGACACCCCUGCACUGUCCGUCGACAGACCCAAACAAUGUGUGGGGGGAGGGGAUGUACAGGUGGGAGGUACGCUGCGCGUCACCUGCACCUCUACCUCACUACCUGCUGCCACCUUCUCCUGGGAAUUUAAAGGACAACCAGUAACUGGGCAGCCGAACACCGGGGUGCUCACCCUUCAGACCCUCUCCACCAGUCAGAGCGGCCAGUACGCCUGCAUCGCCGCAAACAGYAACACUGGAAGCACGUCGAGGCAGACCACCAACCUGACAGUCGUAGGUGUAUGUUUUGAUGGAGGGGAAGUUGCAGGAAUUGUAAUCGGCUCAUUCUUGGGGCUGCUAAUCAUCAUCCUCCUCAUCGUACUCCUUAUCUGUCUUGUGCAAAGGAGGAAAGUUCAACAAAGACGAAGGGAAAAUGUGUUUUUUCAGGAGACAAAUCCCAACCAAAGGCCUAUUCCUCCAGAUCCACAAACUAAUAAUGUAAGGGAUUUGGACCAAGGUCUUCAACCCCCUCUCUUCAGGAACACACAAACACGCCAGCCUGACCGCUUAAUCACAACCCAACACGAAAGCCGUGGCAACCCACAGACUCUGCCUCUGAACGGACUGCAUCACUCUGAAACAGAGCAGAGUAAUAGCCGUGCAAACAGAYGUCCACAAAAUGCUAUUCAGAAUAUUAAUUCACACCCGGCCAAUGGCAUCGACAACCCCGCUUUUGUACACACAGAGGCUCCGAAUGCAAACACGCUCCCAAACCCACGGCAGCAAAAUCCUAACAUCCUCAUUCAAACUGGAGGUGGGCAGGACGGCAACCAACACCCUGCGCUUCAAGUCAGUCUCAACCCGAACAACAACGCUCAAAUUCCUACUGUUAAUGUAAACUUAAACUCAUAUCCUGCCAACAGCCAACAGAUUCUGCAAGAUCGCUCAUUUCCUGUUAGUCAAAAUAAUAAUAAUGUUUCACAAAUGCAUCAUCUAAACACAAUGCAAUCGAAUCCAACAAUGCAAAGUGUCCGGUCUCAUCAGAUGGAUCCCCGUCAGCUUGGUCGUCUAUACCCACAACAUCAAGCUCAGUCUGGGCUUAUCCCGACUGGUUAUACACAUUUUAACAGCAUUAACACGUCUCAGCSAAGUGUGAACACGCAGCCGUAUCAGCAGGAGCCUCACAGGAGGUCUGACAGGGACUCAGGGGUGCCUGACACAACCGUGACAUCCACUCGUACACAGAUGCCUUGGGAUCGCCUCAGAGGAACACCUGCRUACCCCACUGGCACUGUUCAAACUGUGCAGACGCUACCUGAAGUAGACUCUGACAGUGCAGACUAUUCUAGAGAAUACACUUCUGAUCCUCUCGUAAGAGAAGAGAGAACGACGAGCAGACCUCAGCCUCAAAGCCAAACGGUUUCCCGGCGCAGAACACCACCAAGACGUGACCCACCGUCAGAGGACAGCGAGGCACGGAGCCGAUCAGCCAAUCGCCGUCAUCCGACCGCUGCCAGUGUUCCACAGCACGAGUCCUCCCACCACACACGGAGAAGCCCCCGCACACAAAGGGAAAGUGCUCAGCCAGAUAUCAGAGGCAGCCAGACUGCCCCCAGGCAGGAAACAACUCACAGCAAUAACCCCCAGGCACUGCCUCUCAUGAGCCAGCAGGCCUCUGCAGGUCGCUCUGCUGUGCCACAGGGACCCACGGCCCAACAAGGACUCUCUGCACCGCAGAGUGCUGAUAUAAGAGCUUUGGCUGAUCCCAAUCACCUUCAGCAGGCACACAUGACUCAGCAACACAUAGCUGCACUGAUACAAACAAGAGGACAGAACACACACACACAGCCCGCCGUGCACGGUGCCAGACAACCUCGCCAAGGGGGCAUUGCUCCAAUCCCAAACCCUUCUGCCCAGCCUAACCGCAGUAAUCUAACCCAGGAUGCACUUAGAAGCCACACUGAGAGGGCUCAAGUGUUUGAGAAUCRAAGGCAGCAAACCCAGGCAGCCCUGCUUCACCCCGGCACUAAUCAGAUCCAAGCUCCAGCUGCGACCACCCAGCAGCCACCGACUCCUCCUCCCGUCAUGCCGCUGGCACAGUUCCAGAACCUCCCCAAAGAACGUAACCAACACAGAUCUCCAGCCAGAGGUGCACCUCGCCAUGCCACUGCCGUGCCCACUAACCACCACCAUCAUCAUCAUACCGGACACAAUCAUGCUGGUGCACACAGGCAUGGUCAAACCCGUGGACAUGGGCACGCCGCCCACGUGACUAACCCCUGGCAGCAACAAGCCCACAGAGGAAGACCAAGAUGAUGACAGAUGACAGCGGAUGACACUCUACAAAUGUCCCGCAUGCACUGCCACAAACAAACAGCUGACAGACGCAAUCCAAUAUUCCACCAAGCAAGACUGACUGCGCUGAGUUCUGCUUUUGAAAAAAAGCUGUCACACACUGGUGUGUCAGUCCUGAACACUUUUUAUUUUGUUUUAUUUCAUAUUUUUAAGAAAUGAAAACGUCUCCCGUGGGGCUGACAACAGUUGUUUUGACAAAGUUUUUGAAUGUUGUCCUUCUUUUCUGAAAAGAAACUUGAAAUGCUCAAAACACACACACUAUUCCCCCAGACUGUUUUCAUUUCUGACACACUGGCCACACAUCAAAAUCUGCCCAGAGCCUGCUCAAAAAAAAAGUUCAGUGAUCAAUGGCUGCUGGAGAAGUUCACAUCCKAUCAUCCAUUCAUCAACAAGGCAAAAACAACACUCCCCCGUGAUAAAUUGCACAUGAAAAAGUUGCAUGAAUGUCUGUGAGCACCUGAGCCGGCAGAGACAGACGGUAAAUGGGAAGGCACAAAGAUGGACUCGACUGCUGGGAGUGGUGACAGUUAUGAAGGAAGAAAUUAGCAGUGGGGGGUGUUGGGGUGGUCCUGACUCGCAUGGAGCUAUUUAUUUUCCGCCUUCUGUUAGCGGAUGCCUCUUCUGACACUUCUCAAUUAAGAGGAUUCGCCUCGCUGGUGCUCGGAAAUAACGCUCGGCUCAGUACGGGGGGGGGAUCCCAUGAAUGGAUGGGUGCUUAUUAAUUAAAUGCUUUUAUGUGACUUAAAUGACUUGGGGAAAAAUAAUCACACUCAGGCAUGAAUGAGGUCACCACAAAAACCUAAACUGCCAGGCUUUCAGCUGUGGAAAAAAAAGAAGUCACAGGGUUAAACAUGUUGUUUUUUACAAUUGUAUUUAUUUGGAAUGGUUGCAUUUUUAAAAUAAAAGGUGUGCAGGUA